AUGGUGCACCCACAAUCUUUAAUUAACCAUGGUUUGAUGCCCCCACUCCCCUUCCUAUUUUUCAUUUUGCACCCAUUGGACAAAAACUCUGGCUUCGCCCCUGGGAUGAAGCAUAACCCGAGGGUUCAUUUAACCGUGAUCAAGCUCUUAUUCAAUCAAGAAAUGGAGUCAGCAAACUGGGAGUACAUUCUUGAUAAUGAAAGCUUAAAGAAUUUCAAGACUACAGAGGAAACAAACAAUGUUGAUUAUACAGAAAGGGUUGUGACUAGUAGUAUUGAGGUGGCAAGCAUCGUCCGAUUGCUCGCCCGAGAGUAUCAUCUUAUGGUUGUCGGGAGAGAUCAAGGAAUGGCAUCACAAAACUUCUCAGGACUAACAGAGUGGGUCGAACUUCCAGAGUUAGGUGUCAUCGGAGAUUUGCUAGCGGCUAAAGAUCUUAGCUCUAACGGCUCUGUUUUAGUACUUCACAACAACGACAGA